AUGCACGCCAAGAGUAUUAUCGUCGCCCUUCUCGGCGUCACGGCCAUCACUGAGGCCACCGCCAUCAGCCGCCCGUAUGACCAGAUAAUGAACCGAAGGGCCACCCGAGCUCUCAACACUCGACAAUUUGGUGGUGGCAGGGGAGGCCAGGGACAGGGUCAAGGUCAGAACAAUGGUCAGAACAAUGGUCAGAAUGCAGGUCAAAACGCUGGUCAGAAGGGAAACGCUGGCAACAACAACGCCAACGCUGGUAACAACAAUGCCAACGCCGGCAAUAACAACAACAAUAACGGAAACAACAAUGCCCAGAAUGGCGGCAACAAUAACGCAGCCUCGUUAACGUUGGAUGCCAAAGCCGUUCAGACUGGCUCGCAGUCAAACGGUAACCCGGAUGCCGCCUCGGGAGAGUCAGCGUCUGCUACCGACAACGCUAACUUCAUCAACUUCUGUUCCGGUCAGACUCUGACAAACGGUCUUCAACAGAAGCAGGGCUCUUGCAACGGUAUUGUGAUGGGUAAAAUUCCUGCGCAGGCCAACAUGGUCUCCAGUGUUCUGAUUAACCCUCAGCACAACGACAACAUCGCAGCGAACAAGGACUUCAACAUUCAGGUCCAAGUCGCCAACUUCCAGGCCGGUACCUUCACUAACGCUGACAACACUUACUACUCUGCGCCCCAGAACCUCAACGGCCAAGGAAACAUCAUCGGUCACACUCACGUUACGGUCCAGGACAUGGGCAAAUCUUUGAACCCUACUCAACCGCUUGACGCUAAGCAGUUCGUCUUCUUCAAGGGUAUCAACGACGCGGGCAACGGAAAGGGUCUUCUAUCAGCUACCGUCACCGGUGGUCUUCCCGCUGGAAACUACCGUGUUUGCACCAUGUUCUCUUCGGCUAACCACCAGCCUGUGCUCAUGCCUGUUGCUCAACGUGGUGCUCAGGAUGACUGCAACAAGUUCACUGUUGGUGGCAAUGGUAACAAUGCCAACGCCGGUAACAACAACAAUGCCAACGCUGGUAACAACAACAACGCCAACGGUGGAAACAAUGCGAACGCUGGAAACAACGCUAACGCGGGUAACAAUGCGAACGCUGGCAAGGCCAAUGGCGGCGCGGCCGCAGGAAAGGGACAAACUGGCAAAGGCCAAAGUAAUAAUUCGAACACAAAUACAAACACUGGCGGUAAUGCUAACGCCGGAACCCAACAGACUAAAAACCUUGGCGGUGCAGCUCCAGCAGUAACAAACUCUGGGGAUGCUAGUCGGCCGUUUGCUGUCAACGGGAACACGUUUGUGAACCAGGCGGCUGCUAAGCAGAGGGCCUGCGAUAUCCAAAACAACGCUUGUAGCGACGCAGCAAAUGCUGGUGCUAGCUUCAAACUUUCCGACUGCCAAGCGCAACAAAAAGCCUGCGCAGCCGCAGCAUAG